CGAGGUCGAUCCGCGGUCUGUGGCAGUCCCUUUUCCGGCUGUGUGCAGGUCUUCCCAGCACCCCCCUCGACAGGACGCCCCCUCCGCGAUGGGCGACGCGGCCGCGGGCCGGUGCGAGUGCCGCGGGGGCCGGCGAGCCUGAGUCUCGCGCGCGUGUUGCUGGGUAACGGGGCUGCUCCGGGCGGCAGCUCUGGCCCUCCAGCCUUGGCUUGCUUCUCCUUCUCGAACCUCCGGGGCCUGGGCAACAGAUUGGGGCGAGACGGUCCUAGUGCGGGCGAAGCCAGAGAAAUGGGAAUCCCUCCGCGGUGUACCCAGGUCGGCUGCCUCCGCUGGAGAACCGGCUGUGUCUUCGAGGAAACCGGAAGCUCGUGGUGACCCCUUGCGACCCGGUUUGUUUUCGGUCGGGCUCCGAACAUUGGGGAAUCGAAACUCGGAGGCCCUACGUAGCUUGUCUUCGGGUGGUCAUGGAUACACUGGUAGAAGAUGAUAUCUGCAUUCUGAAUCAUGAAAAAGCCCACAGGAGAGAUACAGUGACUCCAGUCUCAAUAUAUUCAGGAGAUGAGUCAGUUGCUUCACAUUUUGCCCUUGUCACUGCAUAUGAAGACAUCAAAAAACGACUCAAGGAUUCAGAGAAAGAAAACUCUUUCUUAAAGAAAAGAGUAAGAUUUUUGGAAGAAAAGCUUAUAGGAGCUCGAUUAGAUGAAGAAACAAGCUCAGUGGGACGAGAACAAGUAAAUAAGGCCUAUCAUGCUUAUCGAGAGGUUUGCAUUGAUAGAGAUAAUUUAAAGAGCAAAUUGGAUAAAAUGAACAAAGACAACUCUGAAUCUUUGAAAGUGUUGAAUGAACAACUGCAGUCCAAAGAAGUAGAACUCCUCCAGCUAAGGACAGAAGUGGAAACUCAGCAGGUGAUAAGGAAUUUAAAUCCCCCUUCAUCAAACUGGGAGGUGGAAAAGUUGAGCUGCGACCUGAAGAUCCAUGGUUUGGAACAAGAACUAGAACUGAUGAGGGAAGAAUGUAACAAUCUCAAAACAGAGCUACAAAAAGCCAAACAAACGGAUCCAUCUCAAGAAGACAAUCUGCAGAGCAGAGACCUGCAAAGACUAAGCAUUUCAAGUGAUAACAUGCAAAAUGCAUACUGGGAACUGAAGAGAGAAAUGUCUAAUCUACAUCUGGUGACUCAAGUACAAGCUGAACUACUAAGAAAACUGAAAACCCCAACUGCAAUCAAGAAAGCUUGUGCUCCUGUAGGAUGCAUGGAAGACCUUGGGAAAGACAGCACAAAACUGCACUUGACGAAUUUCACUGUAACAUACAAAAGACAUCCCACUCUCUCACCAAAUGGCAAAACUCUUUGUAGUACAUCUUCCCCUUUACCAGGAGAUGUAAAAGUUUUAUCAGAGAAAGCAAUUCUCCAAUCAUGGACAGAUAACGAGCGACCCAUUCCUCAUGACUGUACAAACUUUCAGGAACACAACUCUUACGGCAGAAAUUCUCUGGAAGAUAAUUCGUGGGUAUUCCCAAGCCCUCCUAAAUCAAGUGAGUCAGCAUUUGGGGAAACUAAAAAUAAAACUUUGCCUUUACCCAUCCUGCCACAUUACUUGGAUCAACAUAAUCAAAACUGCCUUUAUAAGAACUAAUUCUGAAGACAUUCAUGACUUGGUAAUGAGGUUGCUAUACCUCCUGCAAUAGUUCUCUUGAGAAAUUAUUUAAUAAACUGAAAGUGGGGUUUGAUUAAAAUUUUGCAGGGUUCUUCGAUGUACACAUUUGCACAUAUUGUACCAUAGUACGUAGUUGAUUUUCCAGUAUGAAAGAGCAACCCUCCAGCUUCUCUUCUGUCUAAGAAUCAGAUAUAUGCUAAUAAUAAACUAAUAAACGAGGUGUUUCAAAAAGACAGUUCUACCUUUGAUGAUGAUUGUAAGUUUCUGCCUCUCACAUAAAGAAUGAAAUUGAAAGCUUUUAGACACAGUUUUACAAAGCAUGUAAAAUGCCUAAAUUUGUUCAUUAAAAAUAGAGGAGGCCAUUAACAUAAGAAAAAAUGGCAAGUUGCAUAAAGGAGCAAAUGGCAAUGUGAACGGCUUAUAUUUCUGUUGACUUAUAGUGCAUAAAUAAAAAUAUAAAUAGUGUAAUAACAGUAUGUAGGUUAUUCCAUCUCUAUAUGCUAUUGUUUUCAAAGUUUUAAAUCAUUUUUAAUCACAAUGUUGAUAAAAUUUAGAAUUGCGAUUUGAACUUUAAAACUUGAAGCAACCUGAUCAUUGAAGCCAACUUUGUCCCAGUACAUCCCUCAAGUCCUAACUGAAGUGAUUAAAUAGUAGAAAAUCUAUAUGGUGUGUGAAUAAACUAUUAUCCUAUACAUCAACCAAUUAGAAGUGAAAAGAACAUCACAAAGGUUUCAAUCUAAUCUGUCUCUUCAGAGUCUAUAAUGAAGUCAUUUUCUUCAAAGGGUCUAUACCCGCUCAUGUAGACCAGCUUAUAAAUUGUUAGGCUUUGGUUUGAAAUGUAACAUUUUCCUCACUGAGUGGUUUUUAAUCGAUUUAGGAAUUUAAUUCUAAAAACCAAAAUCUAUGCUGUAUUGAUACAGAUACAGUCAUAGCAUGUCCCCAAACUCUUUGAUUCUAAAUGGCCUAUCAUUUAUAAAGAAGUAAGGAAAAAACAAGGAUGGCUUCACAUGGAAAUUACUAAGUUCUUUCAGGGCUGCAGUAUUAAGAAUAUUAGUAAUAAAAUUAUUACUCGAUUCCUAUAUCCUUUGCCUGAGAUAAAGUGUUUCAUGUGGGAAAUCUUAGCCUUUUUAAUAGACAGUUUGAAAUGUUUGUCUUGAACUAAAAGAUUAUCACAGAUUUCUGUAUUGACUGAAUAGCAUACAUACAUAAACAGUGUUCACUGUUCACCAGACUUUUGUCUAUUACCUCACUUACUCAAGCUUGUCUGUGAUUAAUGGAAUUGGUGUCAGAUGCUGGAAUUUAUUCUGACCAAUGAACACAGCUGCCUCAAGGGAGUAGAAUCUCCUGCCAAGUAACAGAAGACAAUAUGCAUAAAACAAAUAUAAAAUUCCAGGCUUCAGCUAAAGGAAGCAACUACCUGUGUAAUACCACAGCAGCAGAAACUAUUUUUCAUGUAGCUACAGAGGCUGUAUAUUAUAUCUAAUCUCUAAGCUUACUGGUUUGCCUUUUUUAAAGCCAAGAUUGGAAAUUUUACAAUGUAAAGAAAAUAAGUUGUAUGAGAUAAUGGCUUGAUUAAUGCUUUGAACAAUGCAA